AUGAGUCAAACAAGGAAGAAAAAUUCAUCAGUAGGAGAAACUAAAUCCCAGAUAUCACCUGUCAACAAAUUCCUCCAGGGCUGCAAGUGCAGAGCCAAGCCAAGGGGCAUCCCUGCGGGGCAGUGCUGGCCACCGGGGCCCUGCCUGGUGCUCCAUGUCGGUGGCUCCCACAUCCAGCAGCUCCCUGAGUCACAUCGUCCUGCCCGCUGCUCUCCUAGCCGGCUGAUCCCCCUGCUGUUGUCCAGCUCUCCCCACCUCUUGCGGGACUUUGGAUGGGUCCUGACGGCUCUCUGCUUCUGGGCUGGCUCUCCUGACAACUACCCUCUCCAGUUAAAGUUCACUGAUGGCAGCUGCAGCACCUUGCUCUUCACCUGUUUGGAUGUAGCAGGCAAACUCCUGUGCUUCUUCCCCGCCUCUGCAUCCACCAGAACUAAGCCUCCAAGCUCAGAAGAGGAAUUGGGAUCCAGCAUGGAGAAAACUGAGCAGUCCCUGCAGAAGCUGGACAGAAAGGCUGCCACCGAGCGUCUGGAGGUUAACAAGUGUGGACUUACCAGGGAAGAUGUCUGCACUCUGGGAGAAGCGCUUGCAAUAAUGAUACCUGAACUUGAAGAGCUAAAUCUGUCCUGGAACAGUAACGUGGGAGGAAACUUGCCUCAUCUCCAGAAGCUCCAGGAUGGGACAAAGGUAUGAACGCUGGAGCUUGUGGACUGUGCCCUCAUGUCAGAAGACAGGGCCUUCGUGGGCCAGCUGCUGCCUGUGCUGCAAGGCCUUAAGGUGCUUGUCUCCAUGAACAGACACCUCAGUGGCAGUCUGAACAGGAUUGCUCUGGGAUUAAAAUGCACCUCAAAUCUGAAGGUGUUGAAUUUACAAUCAUGUGGGUUAUUACAAACGAGCAUCAAAAUAUUGGAUACUGCCUUCAGAUACCUGGGUGAGCUGAGGAAGUUAGAUCUUUCCUGCAAAAAGAAGCUGGGCGGAGGUUUCGAAGGCUCAUCGGGGCAGCUGGCUCUGCUGAAGCGCCUGCAGGGACUCCAUCUUCACUAGUGCUCCCUGACAGCCGCUCAGUUUAUCCCUUUACUUGGGAGUCUUCAAGAACUGGAUUUAUCAGCCGACAGGAAUGUGGGCAGUGCUUCUGAGAACCCUAGGUUCCGCUUUCUACCAGCACUGAGGUCACUGCUGAUCAGCUGCUGCGCUCUGGAGGGUCCGGCUCUUGCACCUCUUGGUGAGGACCCCUUGGCCCAGGGAGCUGUGCGGUGA